AUGACUGUAACAGUACUGAUUUGUGGUGGUGGCCAUGGAGCCCAUGUGAUGGCGGCGUUAGUGUCUUCAACACUUGACAUGACAUGUCGCGUCCUUGCACUUUCGCAGGCUCGGGAGUGGGCAAAAGCUGCAGCCAACAACAUUCUGACCUGUUCAUUCCCUUCCAACAACGGCAAAACAACCUUAUACAAAGCUAACCCCCAUACAAUAUCUGACAACCCAGCAGAAGUGGUGCCAGGAGCAGACAUCAUUGUCUUGGUCGUCCCUGCAUUUUCCCAUGGGAAGUACCUGGCAGCCAUUGAACCCCACGUACAGAAGAAAACCAUUCUUGUUGCCUUGCCCGGACAGGCAGGUUUUGAGUAUCAAGCAUGUCACAUUCUUCGAAAUAAAUUCUAUGACCUCACUAUCAUAUCGGCGGAAUCCCUUCCCUGGGCCUGUAGAAUAUCUGUGUAUGGAGUCAAGGUAGAUGUAAUUGGCAUAAAGGAGUUAUUGAAGAUGGUUAUUGUUCGCAAUGAUGACAAAAUCUUGCUCAAUCCAUUUCGUCAAUUACAACACAUCUGGGGAACGUUUCCAGUUAUUCGGCAAGUCAGUCACAGCCUAGGACUAACUCACAUGCCCUGUGUAUUGCAUCUUGGAAUUUGUUAUGGAAAAUGGAAAGAUUGGGACACAACUGUUAAACCCGAGAUGCCUCUUUUCUACCAUGGUACAGAUGACAUCCAAGCACAAUGGAUCAGUCGCCUUGAUGGUGAAAUCAACAUGAUAAAGUUGAACAUACUACAGGAACGACCAAACGAAACCACAAGUGGACUUCAGUGGCUCUUGGACAGUUAUGGAUCGUCCAUUACUGAUUCAAGCAGUCUCAAACAGGCUUUGACAACAAACAAGGGGUAUGAGGGAUUAUUUCAUCCCCUGAUUACAACUGAAGAAGGGUUUAUACCGGAUUUUAAGAGCCGGUAUUUGACAGAAGAUGUUCCAUUCGGUCUCGUAGUAUUCAAAGGUUUAGCACAGAUUGUUGGUUUAUACACACCUGCAAUAGAUACAGUUUUACACUGGAGCCAGCAGAAACUAGGAAAGAUAUACAUCGUGGGAUCCAAACUGUGUGGCCAGGACUUACACGAGACAAGAGCCCCACAGGUUUAUGGCAUCAAGUCCCUGGAAGACUUAGAAACAUUUAUAUAGACCCACAACUUACUUGGUCCACAAGUCAAUGUACGCUUGAAACACAUCACCCUGAUAGUUCAUAUGGUUUUCACCAUUUCACUGUCAUCUGAGAUUUGGCUUUGAACACAAUGGAUCAUAGUUUCCUCAAGCAGAUGUCAUUGGGCUGUAAUCACAACACGAAGAGAACUGUAUUUCCCAAAUGUAUUCAUGCUCCAGGAAAUGAACGUGUAAUAAGUAAUAAACGACCCGUGCAGAUCCGGGGUAGAAUAGGUCUUCAGCAACCCAUACUUGCCGUAAAA